AUGUUGAGGUUAUGUGAAAAACCUCUCACAGAAGAAGAACUAAUUGAGAAUACUCUCUCUACCUUCCCCGUCGCAGCACUUGUGAUAUCAAAGCAAUAUCGCACUGAAGUCAAUGCUGGACGAAUUACGAGGUUUAAUGAGAUCAUCAAUGUUAUGUCGGUAGCUAAAAAGCACGACAACAUCCUCGUAAAGAAUUAUAAUUCAAAGCCCAUUGGAACCAAGAGCGUUCGUGAGGCAAAUUAUAAUGCACCCAAAAGAGGGCACAAGGAGCAGUACCCUAAUAAUAGGGGACAUGAAGGACGAAUGGGUCCAUAUAACCGCCCCAAUAAAGAAGGAAACCGCAACUUUAGAGCGGACACACGUGAUGGCAACUCCACACGUGGGAGAGGUGGAUAUGGCAACACCAUGGGCCGUCGAUGUAGCACCAUGGGCCGUCGAGGUCUCACCAUGAGACGUGGUAGUAACAGCAACCCUCCUAGGGAAUAUCCACAAUGUGCACAACCUGCACCUCAAAUGAAGGGAGAUAACCACAAUGACAUGUGUCAUCGAUGUGGAUCAAUUGAGCAUUAG